AGUAAUCUAAUUUAAUAUAGACAGGAAAAGUAUUAGCUUGGUCAUGGGUAUGGAGAGAGUAUGGAUGGUUUCAGUUCUCUUCAUAGUUCUUGUAACAAUCUUGGGUCUCUAUGAUUUGCCCCAAACUAUGGCAGCUGCUACUCCGACUGUCAUCGUGGUUGGAGCUGGCAUGUCCGGGAUAUCCGCCGCAAAGACGUUAUCGGAUGCAGGAAUAAAGAACAUUUUGAUAAUUGAAGCAACUAACAGAAUUGGUGGUCGCAUCAAAAAGACUAACUUUGCAGGCUUAUCCGUAGAGUUGGGUGCAAACUGGGUCGAAGGGGUUAACGGAGAUCAAGUAAAUCCUAUUUGGACCAUGGUGAACAAAAUUGGCCUCAAAACCUACUAUUCUGAUUUUGACCACCUUGCGAAUCAUACUUACAAACAAAUGGGAGGGGUUUAUGAAGAAUCCGUAGCUCAACAAGCGUACGAUUCAGCAGAUGAACUCUCUACAUCCAGCCAAAAAUUAUCGGUUUCUUUAUCUAGACGAAGACAAACAGAUAUGUCAAUCCUUGCAUCCCAACGACUCAAAAACCAUGUACCAUCGACACCAAUUGAAAUGGCAAUCGACUAUUACACAUAUGACUACGAAUUUGGUGAGCCACCACGAGUAACUAGUUUGCAAAACACAGAGCCCUUGCAAACAUUUACCGACUUCGGCGAAGAUUAUUACUUUGUUGCAGAUUCAAGGGGUUAUGAGAGUGUUGUUCAUUACGUUGCUAAGCAAUUCCUAACUACUGAUAAGGCUGGAAAUAUCACUGAUCCUCGACUUGUGCUGAAUAAAGCUGUGAGGGAAAUACAAUAUUCCCAAAGCGGUGUCGUCGUGAAGACUGAAGAUGGAUCAGUGUAUAAAGCUGAUUAUGUGAUGGUUUCUGCUAGUAUUGGUGUGCUGCAGACAAAUCUUAUCGACUUUGUGCCUGAUCUGCCGGCAUGGAAAUUAUUGGCCAUAUAUCAGUUUGAUAUGUCCAUCUACACCAAAAUUUUCCUCAAGUUCCCUUAUAAAUUUUGGCCUACUGGUAAUGGCACGGAAUUCUUUAUCCACGUUCAUGAAAAACGAGGUUACUAUACCAUGUGGCAGCAACUAGAAAAUGAGUACCCUGGAGCAAAUUGCCUCUUAGUAACAGUAACAGACGACGAGUCUAGACGGGUAGAGCAACAACCAGAUUCAGAAACCUUGGCCGAGAUAAUGGAUGUCCUAAGAAACAUGUUUGGGAAGAACAUCCCUGAUGCCACAGAUAUACUUGUUCCAAAAUGGUGGUCUGAUAGGUUUUACAAAGGAACGUUUUCCAACUGGCCUAUCGGAGUUGAUCAACACGAAUAUGAUCAGAUUAGGGCGCCCGUGGGUAGAGUUUAUUUCACGGGAGAACAUACAAGUGAGCAUUAUAAUGGUUAUGUUCAUGGUGCAUACCUCGCAGGUAUUGAUUCUGCAAAUAUCUUGGUCAAGUGUGCCAAGAAGAAAAUGUGCAAUUACAACAUCAAGCCCAAAAGCACCUAAGUUAUAGUGCAAGAGUUCCGCUUAUCGGAAUGCUAGUAGUAAUUAUCAUGAAUAAUAUUGUGGGUAGUUAUAUUUUGAUGAAAUGCUGUGAUUGAAUAAAAGAUCGUGUUUUGCAGUGCAUGGACUCAUCUAGCAUUUGUUGGGUUUAGGUUAUCUUUGGGUACGGGAGGGUAACAAAACAUAGGAUCUAUUAAAUAA